AAAUAUUAAUAGUAUUAAAAUAAAAUAAAAAUAAAAAAGAACCAAAGGCGCGAAAAAAUUUGAGACUUUUCAAAACAGACGCGGGAAACAGGUAGUAGAUAUUCACGGUGAUAUGACACAUGCCUGCAUUUUCAACAUCACAAGGACAUUGAAUUUAAAAGUGGAGGAAACUUUGUUCUCCGGCAGAAGCUUUGUACCAAAGGUGAUUUCUACUUUCCCGAGAAAAUUUGGAACUUGGGCAGCUUGGUUUUCAUUGAAGUGUAGCUUGGAUUUGAGUUUACCUUUUAAGCCUUUGAGACUAAUUCAUAUGGAGAACAAAGAGCACAGCAGUUCCAGAGGUGCCUUAAUUGUUUUAGAAGGUCUGGACCGCUGUGGAAAGACAUCUCAAUCUGGCAGACUGUACAAAUACUUGGAUGAGCAGGGACAUUCAGUUGAGUCGUGGAGAUUUCCUGACAGAAAUACAGGUGUGGGGCAAAUGAUUUCUUCUUAUCUUGCUAAUGAGUCGCAGUUGGAUGACCAUGCAAUACAUCUUCUCUUCAGUGCUAAUCGUUGGGAGAAGAGAUCAUUAAUGGAGGGCAAGCUGAGGAGUGGAACUACUCUCAUUGUUGAUCGCUAUUCUUAUUCUGGGGUGGCAUUUUCAUCUGCCAAGGGACUUGAUAUUGAAUGGUGUAAGGCCCCAGAAAUAGGAUUGUUAGCUCCAGAUCUGGUUGUAUACCUCGACAUAUCACCUGAGAAAGCUGCUGAUAGAGGAGGCUAUGGAGGUGAAAGAUACGAGCAGCUUGAGUUUCAGAAAAAGGUCGCCAGAUCUUAUUUGGCUCUUCGUGAUUCCUCGUGGAAGGUUAUAGAUGCAACCCUUCCAGUUGAAGAUAUAGAGAAAAAGCUUAGAGAGGUUAUUCUUGACUGUAUGAUGGCAUGCCACAAAGGGAAACCAUUGUCUCAGUUAUGGCCAUCAUAGGUCAAGCGUACAGAAUGUCCUUGCUAUCUGUUUGCUACGAUCUGAAGGGGCAAGAAUUUGGUUGCGUUGAAGAGUGGGAAAAAGGAUUAGUUCUAUCUACCAUCUUUGGAUUGUACUUGAGUGUCUGGAAUACCUGGUUCUGUUUUUGAGUCUGCUCAAUUUUCAGAAUGAUUAUUUUGUUGAAUCAAAUUUGUAUAUUUUGAUUGA